ACUAAGCUCUGGCAACACUCGCGAGUGGGCAUUGUUGUGGCAGUUGUCGAAGCUGCGAUUUCUCUUCGAUUUUCAUCCCUGUUUUCACGUUUUCCCCCCUGGUUUUCACCCUUUUUCUCAUCGCGCCCGUGCAAAGGGAGCGCCUGUGGAUGGAUUGAGUGGAAAAUGUUCGGCCGAAGUGGAGUUUUGCAGCUGGGAGAGUGAAGAAAGUGUGUGACGUGUGUGCGGAGGAAUGUGUCAAAUGCGGGCAUUUUUUCACGACCGUCCGUGAUUCACAGAAAAUCCAGUCAGUCUCGCGACGGAGCGCCUCAGCGCUGGAAGUGACUUGUGUGACAAGGGCAGUGUCAGUGUGGGCGUGAGGACAGAGUGCGCGUGAGAAUGAAGCACCAGGGCAGCACAGCUGGUGUGGGCACCGAGAGGAAGAUCAACAAGGCCAGCCAGCUACUUUCACCGGAGGAGAACCAGCAAGUUUUCAAUCUGCUGGACAGAAAAUGCAUGUCGAUGUGCACCGCUGUGGUCCAGUUAUACGUGACAGAUGCUCCGGCACACUCGCACUGGGUGAAGCGGUACACGGGGGCGCUGUGCUUCGUGAAGGACAGCGGCAAGAAGUCCUACUACUGCCGCCUGUACUGCCUCAUGCGCCACGAGAUGGUGUGGGAGCAGGAGAUGUACGACAGCAUCCAGAUCCAGCGCUCGCGCGCGUACCUGCUCACGUUCGAGGGUCAGGACGGCGUCGUGGCGCUCAACUUCGCCGCCGAGGACGAGGCGGAGAGCUUCUACAGGGUCUCCACCACGACCGUGACUAAUCGCUCGAAGAGGCGCGAAGAACGUAUCAAGCGAUCGUCGACGCGGAAAGAGCCUCCGCCACGGCCGAACGCCGGCCCGCAGGUGUCGCAGCACGAAGAAUCGCAGGUGGUUCUGCGCCAGCAGCGCAGUCCGGCCGUGCCGCAGCCCCAGCCGCCGGCUGUGGCGCCGGCGACGAACUUCAGCGCCAUGUCGGGCGGCCAGCGCGUGAAGAAGGGCCGCGACAGGAAGAUCACGAAGGACGACAUCGGCAUUCCGAUGGACUUCAAGCACAUCACGCACGUGGGCUGGACGGAGCAGAAGGGCUUCGACUGGACGGGUGAAGAGGUGGAGCACCUGAAGCCCUUCCUGCGCAAGGCGGGCGUGUCUGAGCGCCAGCUGAAGGAUCGCGAGACGCGUGAGUUCAUCUAUGACUUCAUCCAGAGCAACAAAGUGCUGGAUCAGCUGAGCUCCACGAGUCCGCCGGGCGCCAAGCCGCCGCCGCCCGCGAUAACGGGCGGACGGCAGAUGCCGCCGCCGCCGGUGCCUACGCGACAGCGGAGUCGCAAUGGGGCGCGAGCUGCGCCUCCGCCGCCACCCUUGCGACAGCCGCAAGCCACGCCGCCGCCCAAGGCGCCUCCGCCGGGCAGACCGCCUCCCAUGGCCGCACCGCCGCCUCCUGGCGCCCCGGCGCCUCCGCCUCCGCCGCCUCCACCCCCGAUGGCCCCUCCGCCACCCAUGGCGCCACCGCCGCCCAGCGAUUCGGGCGUCUCCAGGCCGCCGCCGAGCGGAGAGCCAGACGCGCGAUCGGCGCUGAUGGAGAGCAUUCGCCAGGGCACGAAGCUGAAGACUGUCGAUCGCAGCAGCGUGGGCGGCAGCACAGACUCGCGGUCGGAUCUGCUGGAGGAGAUCCGGCGCGGGAAGGUGCUCAAUCCGGCGUCCGAGCGCGAGUUGCCGAGCGUGCAGAGGUCAAACAGUGGCGCCGGCACGGACGCCCUGGCGGACGCGCUGCGGCGGGCGCUGAUGGAGCGCGGCAGGGUGAUCAGAUCGUCGGACGAGGAGAGCAACAACAGCACAGACAACGACGGCGAGUGGGAUGACUAGACAAUAUGCGAGGGACGAGAAUGGGGAUUCUUUAAGAGUGCGGUUCGUGGGGAAAAUAUUUCUUAACUUUAUUCAGUAAACACAUUACUAGGAUUUAGAGGAGAUAAAGUGAGGGAAAUUGAAGAUAAAAGGUUGCUAAUAUCCGAUAUUCGCGUGGAAAAUUUGUCGCUCAAGUGGCUUUAAGCCUUAAAAAAAAACUUCCAUUCGAAAGCGAAUGAGUUUAUCAGGCGCUUUGGAAUUUGCAAGAUCGGAACUGACAAAGUCAAAGAUGUUCUGAUUAUCCUAUCAAGACAGGAAAUGCCUUUCGGAGUUCAUUUCACAAUGAUUACGAUUUUCACGAUCGGUAAGAAAUUGGGAUAUUAGCAAACCUUUGAUUGAGGAUGGAAUGUUGAAGAAGUUGUUGAAGAGUGCCAAAUUAGAUUGUACAUUCUAAGUUACCAGUAAUAGGAUUGUUUUUGCAAGCAAAAAGACAUUCAACACACACAAUUUGAUUUAUAGUGAGCAACACUUCUUUCUAUACAUAUUAAUCUAUCAUAUUAUAUCAUACAUUAGCAUAUCUUUCUUUCUGCGAAGAAAAAGGAGUUGAGACGAUGAGAAAUUAUCGCGAAGAGGUCAAUGAUAAAUGUAGUGUGUAGAGAAGAGAAAAGCCUUGCAGCGAGAGGUUGAGAAAAAAAAAGAAACAUUGUACAGAGAAUAGAUAGUAGAUUUACAUUUCUUUCUUUUGCAUAACCAAAUCCAUUAAUAUGAAAUAUAUUUGAGAAGUAUGUUAUGACAUUGAGGGUGUGUCUGUGUGAUGCUGCGGAAGGUGAAUCACAUUUCCUUGGCGCGCGCGAUGACUCAAUUCGUGGCUGGAGAGGCGAGAGAGCGAAGUGCGGAGAGACAGAGAAGACGACCCACGGUGUGAAUUAAUGUAUUCACAUCGUUUCCCGCCGAAAUGCACAUUACCAUUCGUCAUUGACGCACUUCGCGCUCUUUCACCGCUACUCAAUGUUGAAAUACUAUCAGAUUUCAGCCGAUAUCGCGCCAUAGUUGAUGAGUGACUUAAGCAACACGCUGGGGGGAAGUGAAUUUUCGGUGAAAGACGCAGUUAAAAACCAGAUUUUCACUCUUUUCUUCGGUGAUUUUGCAAAAUUCAUGCUUUCACGCUAGUUUUGCAACUGUUUCUUCUUGAAUUGUGAACUGUUGUGGCUGAGGAACUAGGAAUUUUGUACGUCAUUCAAGGUUUGAAGCAAGAUCAUUCUUAGAAAUUCAGCAGAGCUGCCUGAUCUUCAUUGUCUUUUUGGUCUCUUUUCGGAUGAAUAAAUGAAAAAUAAUGAUUUUCAGUGGUUUUGAAGGAAAAACAGCAGAAUACUCUGCAGAGUUUUAAGGUAGGUUAAAUAUUUCUCAUACAUUACGCAAUGUUUUAUUAUAAUUUGUUGAAUUUUCAACCCCCAAGAUUGUGAUUUACUUGCAUGUGUAAAAUCGAUUUGCGUCAACAAAGCUUCGAUGUGAAGACAACCGAAACAUCACUAGAAAAUUGGACCAAAGAAUUAACAUGUUGAUUGACGAUCACUGCUUUAUUUACUUUAUAUAUCUUGUCUUCCAGAGAAGGUUACAUUUAUAUGUUGAAAGUAUAUUUCUCCACGUGAGAGGGAUAGAUUAUUCAAUUAUUAUUGUAUUGUGGUCACAACGGUCAUUUACAUUUGGGGAUUAGUUGCUUUUCCAUUUAUAAUGCGUACAUUUUGCACACGCGCUCUUUAGCCUGGAUAAAUUGAGGAUUGAAUUCAUUUGCUAAGUCUUCUGCGGGGAUAUUUAACAAUUUCUUUAACACUUAGUUGAUUAUAAUCUUCUGAUGUGUAAGUUGGUAGACAUUUAUGAAUAAACUAUUACUUCAUCUA